AUGUCGCUCCACCCGAGCACGCGCCACAUCAUCAAGCUGACCACCCACCCGUCGCAGUUCGACGUCGAGCCGGAGCCGAUCCGCUGGGCAAAAGCCGACCCGCACGAGCGAGGGCCGGUGGUCGCCACCGUUACGCACCCCGGGCGCCGCAAUGCCGUCGGCGCGCACAGCGGCACGUACUCGGUGUACCGCGCGGUCGCGCUGGCCGCACACGCCUCGCCCGCCGGCUUCCGUCCGGACUUCACCAACACGCUGCCGCCGUGUCAGAUCGGGCCGCACCCCGCGUGGUCGAAGCCUGGCGCGAUUGUCUCGCUCGACCCGUGGGGGCACCUUCCGCAGGAGAUCUUCGCCAAGCGGAUGGCGUCCGGCGAGCUGGACCCCUCCAUCGCAAUCUCGCGCUUCGAGGCGCGCAUGCCCGAGAUCGUCGAGGCGCUGCGCGAGGGGCGGCUCUCCGCGGACGGCACGAUCCUGCGCGAGGGCGGCGUCGUCUCCUGCAUCAAGGCCUCCAUCGAGCCUGUCUGGCACCUGCCCGGCAUCGCGCGCCGCUUCAAGCUCGACGAGGAGGCGCUGCGCCGCAAGCUGUUCGAGCACACGGGUGGCAUGUUCCCGGAGCUGGUGACGCGGGCGGACCUCGAGAUCUUCCUGCCGCCGAUCGGCGGCUGCACCGUCCUCAUCUUUGGAGACGAGGCGUCCAUCCCGGACACGUCGCGGCCGCUGGUCGUGCGGGUGCACGACGAGUGCAACGGCUCCGACGUCUUCGGCUCCGACAUCUGCACGUGCCGCCCCUACCUGCUGCACGGCAUCGAGGAGUGCGUGCGGGCGGCGCAGGCGGGCGGCGCGGGCGUCAUCGUGUACAACCGAAAGGAGGGGCGCGCCCUGGGCGAGGUCACCAAGUUCAUGGUGUACAACGCGCGCAAGCGGCAGGCGGGCGGCGACUCCGCCCAGAACUACUUCAAGCGGACGCGCCAGAUCGCGGGCGUGGAAGACAUGCGCUUCCAAGAGCUGAUGCCUGACCCGCUGCUGUGGCUCGGCGUGCGGAAGAUAGACCGCUUCAUCUCGAUGUCGGACAUGAAAUACGACGCGGUGGUUGGCGCGGGCAUCGAGAUUGUCACGCGCGUCGACAUCCCGGAGGAGCUCAUCCCCGCCGACGCAAAGGUGGAGAUCGACGCCAAGAUGUACGCCGGCUACUACGCGGGCGACAAGCAGGUUCUUCAGCCCGAGUGA